GGCCAGACACGACCCUGCGCUCUCGCAUCAGCCCCAGAGGCAACAACACAGCCUGGUUUGCCUCGACGUUUGCAGCACCUAGCUAGUUUACCGCAUGGUGAGGUGGUCUGUGCGGUGACAAUCGGCCCUAUACCGGCUGGUCGCAAUCCCUCCAUGAAGGCUGAAGAGUUGGUUGCUUCGGAGACGGCCUCGACUACAAACAGUGAUCACGACGCUAGUUCUCCCAGCAACAAUGUUGCCACCGCUAACACUCCGCAAUCCCCGGUGCCACAUUUUGCCUACACUGGCGGCAGAGGUUGUGUCAAGCUGUGGGACCUGGAUACCAUUUCGACCUCAGCUGCUGCCCUCUGUUCUACUUCUGUGCGAGACGUUGUUGCUCUGGCCUCAUUCGACUGCCUCCGACACGACAGUUACGUACGGUCCAUUAAACUCUUCCCCGAUGCUACCGGCCUUGUGAUUGGUGGCGAGUCGAAUGCCCUCACAGUGUGGGAUCUCAACGGUCCAGGACGUCGAAAGGCUGAUCUAACAUUUGACGCCCCUGCCUGCUACGCAUUGGCUCUCUCUCCUGAUUGCAAGCUUUGCUACAGGUACGAAUACCGCAAAUUACGAUUUCUUAUCUCACGACUCUCGUCACUGUCAUUAUUUUUAUACUGCUUUAUGCCUCCCCGCAAACUACUAUUGGCUAAGAAUGGUGGUCUUUUUAGUGCCUCAACAGUCAUCUUUAACUGUCCGAUUUGCUCAUUCCAUGAAUUCACCGGACACCCAGCCCCUCAGUCAUGUUGA